UACCCCAACUCAAAUUCACAUUCCCCGGAAGGGCCUGCUCUGGUACCAGCCAUGCUCGCCGCAGCGGACUCCCUGGUGGCCUUCAUCUGGGCAGCGCUCCAUCUCCGGACUCUGCUGCUGGCUGCUGUCACCUUCCUGUUCCUGGCUGAUUACCUGGCAAACCGGCGCGUCAAGAACUACCCGCCAGGGCCGCCGCGCCUGCCCUUAGUGGGCUGCCUAUUCCAUUUGGGCUUUAAGCAGCCCCACCUAACCCUUCAGCAGUUUGUGAAGAAAUAUGGCAAUAUUUUAAACCUGGAUUUUGCUAACAUCCCUUCAGUGGUUGUAACUGGCUUGCCCUUAAUCAAAGAAGUCUUUACCCAAAUGGAGCAAAACAUUCUGAAUCGCCCGGUUACUCCUCUCCGAGACCAUCUCUUUAAGAAAAAUGGGUUGAUCUUCUCCAGUGGCCAGACAUGGAGGGAGCAAAGAAGGUUCGCCCUGAUGACGCUGAGGAACUUUGGGUUGGGGAAGAAGGGCUUAGAGCAGUGCAUACGGGAGGAAGCCCAGUACCUUGUGGAGGCCAUCGCAGAGGAGGGAGGACAGCCUUUUGACCCUCACUUCAGUAUCAACAAUGCAGUUUCCAAUAUCAUUUGCUCCGUCACCUUCGGGGAGCGCUUUGAGUACCAUGACAGCCGGUUUCAGGAGAUGUUGAGGCUACUGGACGAGGCCAUGUGCAUGGAGUCAACACUUAUGUGCCAGUUCUACAAUAUCAUUCCAAGGAUACUUCAGUAUCUUCCUGGAUCACACCAGACACUUUUCAGAAAUUGGGGGAAACUGAAAUUGUUUGUUUCUGAUAUUAUUGAAAAUCACCGGAAGGACUGGAAUCCUGAUGAACCAAGAGACUUCAUUGACGCUUUCCUCAAGGAAAUGACAAAGUACCCAGACAAGACUACAAGUUUCAAUGAGGAAAACCUCAUCUGCAGCACUCUGGACCUCUUCUUUGCUGGCACAGAGACCACGUCAACGACACUGCGCUGGGCUCUGCUCUGCAUGGCCCUCUACCCAGAAGUCCAAGAAAAAGUGCAGACUGAGAUUGACAGAGUGAUUGGCCAAGGAAGACUGCCCAGCCUGGCCGACCGCGAGUCCAUGCCCUACACCAAUGCUGUCAUCCAUGAAGUGCAGAGGAUAGGCAACAUCAUCCCGUUUAAUGUUCCCAGGGAAGUGUCAGUUCACACCCAGUUCUCUGGAUAUGACCUGCCGAAGGGAACCAUGCUUCUGACUAACCUAACUGCGCUGCACAGGGACCCCAAAGAGUGGGCCACUCCAGAUGUCUUCAAUCCAGAGCACUUUCUGGAGAAUGGACAGUUUAAGAAGAGAGACUCCUUUCUGCCAUUUUCAAUGGGGAAGCGAGCUUGUCUUGGAGAACAACUGGCCAGAUCUGAGCUGUUCAUAUUUACCACUUCUCUUAUCCAAAAAUUUACCUUCAAGCCCCCAGCCAAUGAGAAGCUGAGCCUGGAUUUCAGAAUGUCUAUCACCAUUUCGCCAGUCAGCCACCGCAUCUGUGCUAUUCCUAGGUUAUGAUGUUGAAAAGGGGAAGCAU